GACUCAAGACCAAAAUCGUGACCGUGAGAGUUUACAGGGGAAAAAAAAACAGCACAUAAAGAAAACAAUUCAUUAUACAUUCUUUUUCAGUACAAUAAUCACGACAUCUGGUGUUUGCAUAGAAAGCACAGAGCUUGAUAGAUUGAAACACGAAGAAGCUCCACUGCAAGUAUGGCUAUGGUAAACAACCUUCCUACUUUCCACAGUGGUGGGUCGAUGCCGUCCUCCACCCGGCGCGGGCCCGCGGGCGUGAAGCGGGGUCUGCAGACUGUCGAGGAAUUUCAGCCUACCUCAGACCCAAACCUGCUAAAGGAUGAGUACGGAAACACGCACGAACGCGAAGAUGUCCCCGUGUCGCCCACGGAGAGUGAGGCCGUGCAGUCGGAGCACAGCAGCGACAGUCCGAGUGAGGACAAAUCUGGCAGCACCUCCGGGGAGGGCGAGGGCGCGAACUAUCAAAGUGAAAAAAGCCCCCACCCCAUAUCGGAAACGGAAGAUGCGCGAAUUUGUGAUGCUGCAUUUGAGUACACAAAUCGACUUGUAUUGCUAGAAGGCCAAGAGACGAAGCUGCGGCCUAAAUUGCGGGCAGUCUGUCAUGCUGUUUCCCACUUCCAGUUGCCUCCUGUCAUCCUGGAGCUGCAAGGCUUGCCCACGCUAGGCAGCAUUACAGUCCGCAUCUUUUGCCUUCUAGCAUCACAAAGCUGAUUUGUGGCCACAAAUCUGCAUCGCAGAUUUCCGCUUUGAUAUGGGGAGGGGGCAUUUUCAUUGUAAUACGAACUUUGCGAAAAAAGUCUACACCGCGAUCCCCAUCCCCUUUGACUUCUUCGGCUAUCCACAGGAAAUUUCCCGUACACGUCCAAAUGUGGCUUCCGCAUUACAAACUUUUCCUUCGAACCUCUUCAGCAUGACAAGUUGCUUCUUCUAAGUUGGUGAAAUUUGUGAUGCAUUUUGUACGCGUGCGGGAAUUAUUUGUAUUGCAUAUCAGCAUCGGAAAAAGGACGGCCAGCGCGGCGGACACGUAUCUCCUUAAUCCCAUCGUCGGGGCCGCGGUAACGGGGGCGAGGCAAACGCUGUAUCAGAGUCAGUUUCUUUUUGUCGUUACGUUUUGAUUUAUUUUCACACAGUCAGAUCCAGACGUGAUGUCAAAAGAUGUUUUCUGGUACGAAGUACAACGGAAUUAUUCGCAUUGGAAUGCAAAAGUAGAAGAAAAAAAACGCAGGAUAGAUGAUGAUGAUGAUGAUGAUGAAACCAGGUUGCCGCAGCUGGAAAAGUGGGCUGGUGUCGACACGGAGAAGGCACAAGCGAAGGAAGCCAGAAACCGGAAGCGCAUGCGUGCCAAGGGCGGAAACAGCAAAAAGCGCACCAAAUCGGCCGAGAGACAGAUGAACGAGAGGUACUGUUUUUAGUUUUACUUAAGGAUCAUGAGUAGAAGAAUGCUCAUGCUGUUUCUUGCUGUUGCGUGAGAACAAAGAGGAUCUUUACGGUUGUCGUUGCUCGCUACACAACUUUCCUGGACAUCAAGAAAUACAACCCUUAUUUCUUGAUGCACAAAUAAACGAAUCAUCCAACAGUGAGCUUCAACAGCAGCUUUUGAACGAAUCGGCCAUGCAAGGCGAGCCGGAGACCGAACCGCACACGAACAACUCGACCGUCAUGAACACGCCGCGGGGCGUGAUGACGAGGCCAUCGCAAUCCUACAUGCAGCCCAUGCUGACACCCCGAGGGAUAUGGAGAUGAAAAAGGUUUUUUUCUUGCUCGUUGCGGAGGAACAAACACAAAGUAAAGGUUGGAGCCAGGUGCUGCUGCACGCAGUACAUCUGUGUCUCGAAAUGCAUGUUGACAGAAAUAACCGUCAUAGAUGAGCAGCCUUUAGCUGCACGGCGUUCCAAGCUGCUGCAACUUACUCGAGUACUCGUACUGAAAGAUCCCCAGCAACAAGAGCGUCAAGGGACUUUUUCAUCCCGAUACCCCCAGAUGGUCCGACCGUCGGCGCAAUCCUACAUGGACGAUGUCGACCCCAGCGGAAUGGGAUCCAUUGUCGCCUCCGAGGCCAGUAUUGUACGUUUUUUUGUCGUCAUGCAUAGAACAACGUCUCCUACUCCUACAGCUGCAACUGCUGCUUUAUUUCUCAUGCGCAUAAUUGUCAACUCCAAAAAAUGGAAGUUGAAACCGAAACGUUUAAAAACUCAUUUAGAUGGCACGCUUUCAGAGCGGGAGAGGAAGAAAAUGGAACUGCUCGGCAUCGGCGGAAGGUACAGGAAAGUUUUGGACGAUGAUGCUUGUCAUCAGGCACCAGUUCACUGAAAGUGUUGUCCGUGUCCCAGCACCAGUGAGGACUGUCUCAUGCUGAUGCACUGUGAAGAUAAAGAUGUUGCACAACAAAAACAACAUUUGAUAAAUACGUCAGUUUCCAGCCACUGUACGCGCGUAUGAACAAGUCCUGGGAUUUCCCGCUAAACAAGACCGAAGUCAAUGACCGCCUGACCUUGGGCCUGCACUUUGAGAACAAGGAGCUGAAGCAGGACGCUGCCAUGCGGUUCAACCGGCAAACCAUCCAAGACUGGCGGGGCGGAUCGCAGCACGAGCCGUUGGCAAUCCGGGAGGCGCCCUAGAAGUGGAGAUUUGUUUGCAGUGGACGCAGUAUUUUUGUUCGCAGGGCCACCAAGGGGUACAAGUACAACGGGUAUUAACCUUGAAAACCACAAGCACUACUAGUGCUGCUUUUGAUUUUUUUCACACGGUGCCACGGGAUUGCUAUUUGAUUUCGUGUGCUGGCCAAGCAACUUCACCUCUUUACUCUUUUACUAUACCUUAUCAACAAGAUCGAAGCACAAGCUAGCAGCAGCUUUGCCUUAUUAAACUUCAAACUUUACACACCUUAUUUGACAAGCAACUUUACACUGUUUGAGAACAUCGCGAUUUAUAACUUUACCAUACCGAAUCAGCAUCAAGAACCACCCUGCCGCUCACGUUUUUUUGAACCACUCCAUCACCAGAGGCGGUUUUGGUGGUGGGCGUGUGCCGCUUUUUUUAUGCCCUCUUCCUUGUACAAAAAUACGAAAAUACCUUGAGGUAGAUGUUUCAGGCAGAGGCGAAAUAGACCGAUGGCAGAGUAUAGGAUUGAUGAAAGCAAUAGCAAAAUAAUAUUCACAUAUCAGCUCGCAGGUACAGCUAAUGAAUGGCAAAAUGAAAUCGAAAUGCGGGUGGUGUAUCGACAUAAUAAUUUGGUAUUCAAGAAGAACUACUUCUAGACACACAGUUUCAGAAAAAUAAAGAAUCCAGACAUGACACCUACCAUAUAACUGUACAAUAUGAAAAUUUUGUAAAUUUCAAGGCAUAUUAGGAGCAGAAAAUAAGCAACUGAUUUUCCACGCCUCGCUUGCGUCUAGCUUCUUGCAUCGCUCGUGUCACUCGACACUCUCGAUGGCUGGUGACUAGAACGAUAAUUUUUAGCAAUGCGCACAUCGCAGGGGACUUUUCACCAGCACACACUAGUCGUCGAUUUUUAUAGGAAAAUCCGAAUAACUGAAACGGACUAGGACAUCAUUUUCAUUCACAAAGAACAUCUGCUUCUGCAUAUAAAACUUCAUCCUGAUAAUUAGAAAUACACGACGAUACCUCCUGCCAGAGCCUGGGAUUGCGCUGGCUUACGUUGGAACAGUGCAAUUUUUGUCUUGACAAAAGUACAAAGGAUAUAAGGUGUAACGGGAGCUAGUCAUUACUUAGCACCGUUGCGGCACAAUG